AUGGACCACCGUUCAGGUUCUGCCGAGACGGACGUCAGUCUUGAGCGACUCCUGUCGGACCUUAUAACAGCAUAUCAUAUCCUUCACAGCCAUCACGUGUUGGAUGAACAUGGUCAAAUUUCCGUCCGCAAUCCAAGGGAUCCUUCCACGUUCUUCAUCAGCAGUAAUCCAGCUAUCCUCGUCGCCUCGAAGAGCGACCUUACUCAGUGGCAUGUCGCCGAUGGCUCUCCAGUGGCUGAGCCGUAUAAUGGAUGCGACAAGAUAGAAGAGAUACCCCCAUCGUCCGAACAUUACGCCCACAGCUCGGUUUAUAAUAUGUACCCGGGCGUGCAAAGCGUCAUUCAUUCACACUGCUUGAGCGCGAUUGUCUACGGCCUGUGUAACAACUGGAGUAGCAUGCUGCAACCCAGCUAUCUGCUGGCCGGGUUUUUGGGGUCUUCUCCACCAAUCUUCGACAUUGCCAGAUAUUAUGACAGUUUACCGCCGUCUUACCCUCGGAAUCUGUUGGUCAAUAACGAAUUCCUUGGAGAGGCGAUGGCCAAGCUGUUCCGUAACUCUGAUGAAGUGGAUAUGCACAUGCACAACGGGCAGUCGAAUGUUCAGUCGAAUGGGCUGCCGGAUGGUCUGCCGGACGGACUGCCCGACCUCCCUGAGCAAAAAGUUGUCUUUAUGCGUGGUCAUGGCUAUACCACAUGGGCGGAGAGUAUCCAGGAUGCCGUGUGGAGGGCCAUCCAUAUCCGUCGAGACGCAGACAUCCAGACCAGUGCCAUGAACCAGCGGAGUUCGACGGAUCUGGAGGUCGUUUACCUCUCAGAAAGGGAGGCCAGAGAUUGUGAGAGAACGAUAAACCAUUGCGAUCCAAAGCACUGGUUGUCGUGGGUGAUUGAAGCAGAAAGGUCUGGACGCUACCGGAAUGACUUAAAAGUGAGAGUGAGUGCGAACCCAAAUUGA